GCCCCCGUCCACCUCGUUGAGGCUGCUCCGCGGGCUGAAAAGUUUCUUCAGGUGCGAAUUCCCGGCUCGGCGACAACUUGCUUGAAGUGUGUGCUCCUGUCGGAGACCAGCCGGCCCGCCAGUCAGGCUCUCACGUGUGAAUAUGAAUCUAGUGCCUCAUUAACCUAAGGACCUUACCAAUUGGAAGUUACAGUUUUUUCCAUCAUCUUAUCUUAUCCUUUUUGGUCUGGUUCUCUUCCUCAAACAGUGGAAAUACCUUUUUUUCCAAGUUGCAUUUUUUACAGAGUUAAGCAAAUGGCUGAGAGUGGCUUGGAUACAAAAACCAUAAAAUGCCCCAUCUGUUCAUCUGUUAUUCAGAAGGAUGCGCUUCAUGUAUGUUCCUGUAAAAGAAGAAUUUCUCCCAUUUCAGUGAUGGAAAUGUCAGCUCCAUCAAGCAUUGGUAGUUCAGAAUAUAUGGUUUUUCCAGUGGAAAAUGCCACCAGGGACCUUAACUCUGGGAAAGAUUUGCUUUCAAAAGCCUCAAAUGUCGAGAAAAAACCGUCUCAACAACAAUGGGCUCGCGGUAAUUUUACAGAAGGCAAAGUUCCUCACAUACGAAUGGAUGAUGGAGCUACUAUUCAGGAAAUCUAUACCUUUGGAAGAAUAUUGGGACAAGGGAGCUUUGGAAUGGUCAUUGAAGCUACAGACAAGGAGACAGAAACUAAGUGGGCAAUUAAAAAAGUGAACAAAGACAAGGCUGGAAGCUCUGCUGUGAAAUUGCUUGAACGGGAGGUGAACAUCUUAAAAAUUGUGAAACAUCAGCACAUCAUACAUCUGGAACAAGUAUUUGAGACGCCUAAGCGAAUGUACCUUGUGAUGGAGCUUUGUGAGGAUGGAGAACUCAAAGAAAUUCUGGGUAAGAAAGGCCAUUUCUCAGAGAAUGAGACAAGGUGGAUCAUUCAGAGCCUCGCAUCAGCAAUAGCAUACCUUCACAGUAAAGAUAUAGUGCACAGAGAUCUAAAACUGGAAAACAUAAUGGUUAAAAGCAGCUUUGUUGAUGGUAACAAUGAAAUGAACUUAAACAUAAAGGUGACAGAUUUUGGCUUAGCGGUGAGGAAGCAGGGUGGGAGUGAAUCCAUGAUGCAGACCACGUGUGGGACCCCUAUCUAUAUGGCCCCUGAAGUUAUCAAUGCCCACGACUAUAGCCAGCAGUGUGAUAUUUGGAGCAUAGGUGUUAUAAUGUACAUAUUGUUGUGUGGGGAACCACCCUUUUUGGCAAGCUCAGAAGAGAAACUUUUUGAAUUAAUAAGAAAGGGUGAACUACAUUUUGAAAAUCCAGUCUGGGAUUCCAUAAGUGAUAGUGCUAAAAGUGUUUUGAAACAACUUAUGAAAGUAGAUCCUGCUCACAGAAUCACAGCUAAGGAACUACUAGAUAACCAGUGGAUUACAGGCAAUACGCUUGCUUCAACGAGACCAACCAAUGUAUUAGAAAUGAUGAAAGAAUGGAAAAAUAACCCAGAAAGUGAUGAGGAAAAUACAACAGAUCAAAAGAAGAGCAGUUGGUUAGAUCAAGAAAAGUCGAAAGAUUACCAACCCAAGGGAAAUGUCCAUGAUGCCAAUAAAACUUCAGAAGAGGAGGAGAAACAGCCCACUGCUUGUGAAAGUAAGAAGGCAAACAUGGACAGUUUGGACACACGCUCUUCAAGUUUAAAAUCUAGCAAACUCCUUCCAGUUGAACUCAAUGAAGAAUUAGAGAAUUCCCCUGUGACUUCAAGCCAAGGAAUAGCAGGCAAAUACACUACUAAAUCCAUUGCCCUGCCUAGAUCCAAAAAAAAACUCUAAGGCUUUCUCCAGUGCUGAACAGUGCAAAAACAAAACUGCUCUUUCUAGUUCUAAAAUGAGGGAAUAGGAGAGGGAAAAGGACAGAACUAAGCCAAGCUUUUAACCUUUUACCUCCACUGAGCCCUGCCAUCUGUUUGCAUCAGUUUAAAAUUGAAGCUAAUUAUCUCCGAAGCAACAUGAAUUACAUAUGAUGUUAAAGGACAGCCAUCAAUAGGCUUGAUGACGGGUUGUGGCUGAAAUCAACUCAAGAUGUACGCAAGAGUUGUUUAGACGGGCAUAUGCCCUCAAAGUAGCAAGGCCAGUUGGGAAGGCUUGCUCAGUUUUGCUUCAAAUUCUCAAUAUUUAGUAGCAAUUAUCUAUAGGGGAAAAUGAGAGGCCAAAUGUGUUAAUGGAAGUUCCAAAUAAUUACAUGCAUUCUGCACUAGAACACUUUGUUGGGAAAUUGCUGAUAAACUUGCCACAGGUAUUACAGCAGAAGUACUCCAUUCAUUCACAUGUGUUCUUGUGAUUUUAGGUUGCUGUAAAUUGCUUAAGACAACUUAUUUUAAACUUGGAAAAAUAGAAGAGCUUUAAACUACUUGCUAUUAACUUGCUGCUGAAUUCCCAAUCUACCAAGGGAAGAUUUAUUGAUUGAGUCAAUAAAAAUCAGAUGUUGUCCAACCAAGUUAAUUUUUAUGUUAACAAAAGGAAUAUAAAAAGGUUUUCUAAGCCCAUAUGCAAAUUAUGAACAUGGUCUCCUGUUGCAAAAGUAGGCACCUGUCUUUGGGGAAGUCAUGAGGCUGGACACAGGGGAGAAUACAUCAUUGCUUUUGUAUUAUGGGUAUCUUUUGUCCACAUGGGUAAAUAAUUUUGUCAUUUGUGGUCAAACUGGGUGAAUAAAUGCUUCCUUCAGCUUCACAAACAAAUUCUAAAGACACGAUUUUCAAUUGCUUUUUCUUUUA